UUUUACUGGGUCGACUAGGAGAACCUAGCUCUGCAGAGUGCAGCAUAUCAAGGCCAGCACGCCGCCGCUCUGCCCAACAAUUCGCCUGCCACACCCGCGCCACAGACUCUGGCGUCCUCCUAUCUCCAGGGGCCCAAGGUUCGUCUCUCUAGAUUCACCGCGGCCCGCAUGCUGCCGCUGCUGGCGGAGGAUCUGCUGGUGUAUUUUCGAUCAUGUGACCGCAUGGUGUAGUGGCCGCGCUGCUCAUUCGCGUGGGCAAUGGCAGGAAGCCCUGCUAGCAGCACACACGUUUUUCUCUUCUACUCGACGAUGACGACGGGGAUGGAAGCGCCCGGACACUAUAUUGGCGUAUACCGAGUUGCCUAUGGGCAGGUGAAGGACAUGCUCUAAUCAGCUGCGGCAUGCUUAUUUGUCGUUGCUAUCGUCUGAAGUCCCCCAGUUGCUGGCGGUGUGGUGCUUCAUUUCAGGGCCCGCCAUUUGGCCCUUCUCUCCCCACAUUCAGAUCAGCAGUGCUGUUUCCAAAGCGGUUCUGGUUCUCGCUUUGACGGCUGCUUAAGCCCUCUUUAUAUGCCUAUCCUGAGCCCUCCCAUGUUUUUUUGACUUUCCCUUUCCGCUUUUGUGCUGGACGACGAUCUUAUUGCCGUAUUAUCCCCACACUGAACUGAUCCACUCGGACUUUAUUUGAGCGAAUAAGUUAUUAUUAGGUUUCAAAAAGGAUCCCAAAUAUAGUUUCUAUAUACAUAUAUAUAUAUAUAUAUAUAUACAUAUAUAUAUCUUAUGAUAUUGAUCUCAAAGAUACUGCCCACCCGCUAGCCCCUCAAUUACCCCUCCGUUACCAGCUUUCGCCGGAACAAUUCGCCAACCUGGCUACUCUCAUCCUCAGUUGGUUCUUUUCCUUUUUCUCGUUUCUUUCCCCGCGAUUGCGGCUAUUCCAUGAGGAAUCUGUCGACCAAGAAUUUGAAGCGGCAAAAAAGCCGUCAUCGGCUUCUCAAAGCCAAGCGAUGGACGAACCACGCGGUAUUUUGGGCCUUUCAAAUGAGCUGUUAAGAGAAAUAUUGGACCAUUUGGCCCGGGACCCUGAGAAAUGCGUCAGCGUCGACCGUCGUGCGUACCUCUCGAUUGAGAGUUUCAAGCGCCCCAGCCCACCAGAGCCAACACCUCUCAUUUAUGAUCCUAAGAAUGGCUUCCAGGAAGACUAUAGGACGGACAUCGACCGCUUCAGAGAGGUGUGCAAACGGUUUGCAGACCUAGGCGCCUCCUAUAAAUUUAGCCGGGUCGUGGUGCGGUUUUCUGAAAGCGCAUUUCGGAAGUUGGAUAUGUUGUCAAGCUCCCCACAUUUGGCAAGGCAUUCGAGAAAUUUCACGUAUAUUAUUCGGUCGUUUUACGUUGAAGAUCGAGACAAGCUCAGUGAACUUUUCUUAACGGCGGAUUCCAGUAAAUUAAAGAUUUCCGAACAUCAUCGUCGACUAGAAGAGCAGAAACGUUUAGUCAGCUCGGGUGAAGAUUUCGCUUCCCUGAAACGGGCCAUGCGGGCAUUCAAAUCGCUUCAACAUAUAAAGAUUUUGAAGGUGCAGGAUGACAUGGAGCGGGAGCUUUUACAAUUCAUCGAGCGACACGAUAAUCCGCUUGAUCCAUUAGUAUCAUUGGAUUGGAAACCGGCAUGCUCCCAUGCAGUGCAGACUCUCGCAAUAGCUCUUCUCGAAUCUCAGCCCCCUGUCAACCGAUUCUCCGGCCCCCAGAUAAAUCCUCAAGCAGCUCUCACGUUAAAACGAGCCCCAAUCGAUAUGGUUUCCGCGCUUGCUGUCAAGCUGACUUGUUUGGAAAUCCACUUCGAUGCGAUAAGAUACGUUAAUGCAGAGAUGCGAGAAUUAUCAGAAGUAUUUCAUACUUUAUUCAUGGCAGCCAAAAAUAUGGAAGCUGUGCAUUUAGGUUUUCCAUCGCGGAUACCACUAGAUCUCCAGCUCGAAGAUAUAUUCCAUAACGUAUACUGGGAGAGGCUGCGCGCAUUCGGCAUCCAAGCCUGGCGCCUGGAUGCGGAAGAAAUUAUCGACUUCGCACGCCGCCACCGCCGAACGCUCCGCGGUCUUCGUUUACGAGACGUCCUCCUCAAAGAAGGAAGCCUGUGGAAAGAUGUCCUUUCCAUGUUGCGUGAGGAGAUGGAUAAUUUGGAGUGGGUCAGCCUGCGACGGAUCGAUUAUUCGAAUGCUUUCGACGAGAAGUGGGCUACCAGCGCCGAUAUAUCAGAUAUCCAGUCAUUCCCUAAUUCUGACAGCGAGGAUGACGACUUUUUUGACAGGUAUGAUCCUGACACCAACGGUGACAACGACGACUAUGAAAGCAUCGGUGAUGAAUCGGACGGAUUGAGCUCGCAUAAUGGUGACAAUGGACCCAGAGCAAAUCAAAUUGAACUUUCGCCUGAUACGGCUUUCUCUUUGAUAUCACCCUGUUCACACUGGACAACGCCGCUGACGUUGAUAUCUGCCGAUGACCUUGAAGAUAAUGGAAUCAAUGUGGAGUACCGGCAGAGGAAGCUCUGGGAGGAAUGGGUGAUUUCAAAGCCGAGACAUUCUACUAUAUAAGGAUAUCUUCAGUUUUUUUAUUUCCUGUUUUUGGUGUGCUGAUGAAUUUCCUUGAUUUCUCUUGACGACGGUUGGAAUGUUUUGCCCUCCUUUCCAUGGUUUUUACGUUGCAAGUUUUGCUUAUUUUGACAAGUUAUGUUUCGUGUUGACGACUUUUCUUGGCCCUGUUUUUUCGUGUUUGUUGUUUCAUCCCCAAACAUCACGAAAGGGAAAAAAAGGAAGGAAAUACAGAAAGAUAACCAAAAUAAGGUGUCUUAAAUCUUCACUAAAAGCCUCUCUUGCACCAAUAUUUUUUUGCCUUGCUCUGUUGCCGCUUUUUGUUGGCAUUUGUUUUACUUCCCCGUCCUCUUCAUUCAUUCAAUCACAUCCGCAUUCCACAAACCUCAGCCAGUUAAACACCGUCCAUUAUGUUUUUUCAAAAUGUUAUGCACUGAUUUUACAUGCGUUAGCGUGCGAGCAGGAAAAAUCUGAAGGGUCUUCUUGAGGUUAUCCUCACUUAUGCCUGAUGAAGUGCCUCGCGCCGUGCAUUCAUUGAACCAUAGUGUGUGCGCGAUCUUGCUUGCUUGUUCGCCGUACUUGCUCUCUUUCAUAUCGAUCUUUCGGGAGGCACGGAGUUUGAUGGAUGUUUUAUAUAUUCAUAAAAUAAAUAAAAGUUGCUCUCAUAGGUGUUCCAAAAAAAUAUCCAAUCAACGUUAAAAAGAUAUAUACCCUAAAAUGAAUUGUAUGUAAGAGAAUAACUAGGUCCUAGGAUUUCCUGAGUCCAAGAUAUCAUGCUUUAUCGCCGAAAAAUCCUCGUUGCAUGAAUCAUUGAGCAGGUAUUGCAGGGUAUAAAUAAAUUAAGCAGUCGAGAAUAAGCAGCCAUACUCAAGAAUUAAGAAGAGAGAGAAUAAAACAGGAAUUUCC